UUUACUUGUACCCGAUGUAAAAUACGCCAGUGAUCCAAUAAAUGAUUAAAAUGCAUUGUCGCUCGGGGCGAAUGGUAUGUGAGGCUGCAGAGUCCUGCAAAUACACUUGGUCUGCCCUACUCAAUGAUACCUCAGUCAAACCUGCGCAUGAUCUACAGCGCUGUUUCGCUUCUCAUCGCCUUAGGGUCAUCGGAAAGACCCAUCAUUCUUUGCCCGGAGAGAAAGAAGAGCUAUUGUAACCUAGAGAGACCCGAGGACCGAGAGUUCUUGUCGCAUCAUACGCUUUCCAUUGAGAAUGGAAUUCUCAAAAGGAGCAAACAUCGAUGAGGAGCUGUCCCGUCUCGGUAUCCCCGAACCGCCGAAAUUGGACAGGUCAGACGCAGGAACAGCACGCCAAAACAACGGUCCAACAGGAGCUGACUCGGUUCAAGGCGUCCCUCCCCAACCUUGGUCAUGGCGCUUCAACGGUGCCGACUUCAAGAUCACCGAAACAUGUCUUGACGAGGCGCCAAGGGGAUUUCGUCACGUCAGUGGACGAAUCCAGAACCCAAGCUCAUUCGACGGUUGUUCAUCUGAUGCUGGGGCUUCUAGUUGCAGCUUCAUCAGCAUCGUACCAGUUAGAGACAUGGGCCAUUCAGCCCAUAUUGAGUGGGAGUCUUACUCUAAUCAGAACGAAUCCGGGACAUCGCCAUCGAAAUCUCUUUCAUCACAGCCACAAGCAACAACGGACGCUUACGUGGAUGUUCAAUCUGUUAGCAACGCCAUAUUUGCCGCUAGCCAAACGUCGGCUCUAGAGGACAGAAGUUUUUUGCCUCUAGAUGCACUUCGCCAACUAGUCACUCCGUCAGUUGUACGAAGGCUCAUGGGGCAUGCAUUCGUGGAUACCGAGCCAGUGAUCCUCAAUAGCUGGGCAACUGAUAUUAGCGGCGAGCAAAAUCCAAUGACAGCAGGGUACCAGCCGAAAAGACGCAAGCUAUUCGCCAUAUUAAUCCUGAUGGAGCAAGUACAGCUGAUCAAAGAUUUCAUCGAAAACGGCAUUGAUGAUAGAAUCUUACCCCUGAAGAUCAAACGAGAAGCGGAUCAAGAACCAGUCAUCCAGCUACAAACAGAGAAUGGUCUGAUUCUUCAUUGCUUGGACCACUGGCAUUCCAGACAUCUCAGCUCUUUCAUUCAAUGGCAGGAGAUCAUUUGCACGCCGUUUUUCCAACUGGCAGGCCAUGUAGUGCACUACUACGAACUCAAUUCCAAAACGAUUCUACCUUUCAAGACAUACAAGCUGGUCCGAGUCGGCGGGUAUGGAAGCGUGAGGAAAGUGUCAAUCCACCCAGCUCAUUACAACAAUGGUACUGUCUCUAAAGAUCAAGAAAAAGACUCUCGGCACUUCGCGAUCAAACAGCUCCAUUCUGAAUGUCAAGACGAGUAUGAAAGAGAAGUGGAGCUCUUUGAGAGGUUAGGAGCACAGUCGAAUGAACACGGUCCGGACCAUCUGAUCCAGCUUCAACUCACCUACAAACAUGGACAGUCUUACUAUCUCGUCUUCCCCUGGGCCGAUGGAAACUUGUGUGAGUUUUGGGAACGACGAACCGCCGACCCUAGCAACCAUAUCGAGACCGUCUGGCUACUAGAGCAAUUGUUGGGCCUCGUCCGUGCUCUUCGAAAGAUACACCAUCUGAGAACUAUGUCUAACUCAGAUACCUUACCCCCUGUUUCUGAUCGUCCCCGGAUGUUGUUUGAUGACAAGCACUGGGGUCGACAUGGUGACAUCAAGCCUGAAAACAUUCUUUGGUUCCAGGAGUAUAAAGAGUGUCACCGUGAUUUUCUUGUGAUUUCCGACUUUGGGUUAACUCGGUUCAACAGUGCUGACUCAAGGUCCAAAGUUGCUCAUGAUUCAGUCAUGGGGUUUUCAGGGUCAUACAGACCUCCUGACAUAGACCUGAAAGGCAAUAUAUCUCAGCGGUAUGAUAUCUGGUCCCUAGGUUGUGUCUUCCUCGAAUUCGUGUCUUGGUUUCUCGUUGGCAAUUUUCGGACACGGAAAGAAUUUUCGGACACACGAAUUGAGGAAGACCGCAUCCAUACUGGAUCGAUUCUUGGCGAGGAUCAAUUCUUCAAUCUCAACUCUUGUCAAAACACAACAUGUCCUACAGCCGAUGUCAAGGCGUCCGUUCUCAGGUGGAUUGAUGUUCUACACAAGCAGGACAACUGCGCUGAGCCAUUGCAUGAGCUAUUGGACCUCGUUCAAUUCACAAUGCUUGUGCCAGACUCCAAGGAAAGAUGGGUUUGCUCUCGGAUACAACCGGUGAUCAAAGACUUGCUACAGAGGAGCAAAAAUAACGCAUAUUACGCUACAAUGGGAACUUCCGGUGUUUCUGAUCCGUCAAAGUUCCCUCCGCAAUCUCCGGCGUCUCCUUUUGUACGUAGAGGUCUCAGGCACUCAUACCUCUUAGCUAACGUCACAUACAGGGAGGUGAAAGCCCAAUUCUGAUUGGCACGCCUGAAAGGAGUAUCCGACGAGAAAGUUCCUCGUCUCUUUCGCCAGAUGCUGCUGCCGGUGGGAAGGUACAUAAUCAGCCCCGACCGCGCAGCCAAGAAUCGAUUCCAACACUCGUGCCAGAUGGCCUCGAUCAGUCUCCUUACUUCCCUCCUACAGUGGCCGGAUCUAAUUCAAAGCGAACCUUACAUGAGGUUGGCGUCAAUCCAAGACCGUCU